AUGGUGAGCUCUUCGGUGAUUGCGCUCCUGGUCGUCGAGACUAUCAACUCGACGACCUCCAUGGCUUUGAUGCCAAUCUUGCCGUUCUAUGUCUUGGAGAUGGGUGCAAACGCCUUCGACAUUGCAUUACAGGGCACUGUCUACAAUCUCGCGCAGAUGAUCUUUUCGCCCUUCGUUGGAACGCUGUCGGAUCGCGUUGGCCGCAAGAGGAUUUUGGUAUUGGCGCUGCUGGGAGGUGCAUUCGUCAGCUUCCUUCAGGCCAAGGCUGAAAACUUGACGCAGAUGCUCGUCGUGCGAGCCGUUGGUGGGAUCGCCGCAAGCUCCGGACCUGUGGAAACCGCGUACUUGAUGGAAGAGUCGACCUCUGAGAACGAGCUGCGCGAGGUGCUGGUUCUCCAGCGCAUUGUGGUGACUCUAGGAGCCAUCCUCGGCCCUUUGGUUGCCAAGGUAUUUUCCCAUCUGAGCUUCCAAGACUUGUGCUACCUCAUUGUGGCUUCAAAUAUUGUUGGUGCAUUCAUCGGUAUCUUCUUCUACUCGGAGCACGAAACCGCCCAGGCUGGCUCACCUUCAAACUCGCCGACGAGGGCCGUCUCCCCCACCGCAUUCUCGCCAAAGAUGUACGCAGGAAGCAAGGCAGCUUCGCGCUGGUGGAGUCUGAUGACGGGCAGAGAGACCAGCAUCCUGUUGCUGGGCUCCUUUGUCUUCACCGCCAGCCUUGGCAUCACGGAGGGUCCCGAGGUCGUCUUCUUUAAGGAUUACUUCGGCUUCACUCAGAGUGAUAUGUCUGAUCUUUUGCUUGUGACCAGUAUCUCGGCACUGGUCCUAACACCUCUGCUGCCGACGCUCCUCGGUUACCUGGGCGAGACGCGAGGCUGCAUGCUAGGCUGCAUUGGAGUUGGGUUUACCACCCUCUUCCUGAUCCUGGGAGUGGGCAUCCGCUGGGUGCCGGCAGCCGCGGCAGGCCUGUCUGUCGGCUUCUUCGGGUCAAUCUCUGGCCUGGGCUACAUGGCGCUGGUGCACUGCCACGUGCAACCGGAUCGCCUGGGCAUGUUCUUGGGCAUCAAGUCCUUCGUAGAUGGUGCUGCGGGAGCCGUGUCGCCUGCUGCCGGUGGGUUCAUCUACACGCGGGGCCACUUCCUCCCCUACGGCCUCACGUGUGGACUCUGUGUUGUAACCGCCGCCAUCUUCGCGAGCCUCACCCCUUUCAAAGACAAGGGGAAGGACAAGGGGCUGACCUUCGAAUCAGAGACGGUGCCGAUGAUUGGCAAGGACAAGGAUAUUGAGUCCGAUGACGAGGAUGGUCUUCCGAUAGCACACUUCAUGUCCGAGAAUUUGCAGUUCAGCAAGAACAGCUUGCUAAAGCUGAUGACGAAUGAAAUUGGCAUCCUCAUGCACGAUGACCAGCUGAAGAGCUUGUUCUAUGCGCAGAACGACCACGGAAGCAAGGGCUUUCGUCGAUGUGCUACCAUGCACGUCGACAACUUCGCAAAGGCAGCAGCCGGCCAGGAGAGCGUCCGGAGGCUCCGCCAACUGCGUGGUGCCAAGACGACGGAGCUGCUGCCGCCAGACCCCACACCUCCGACCUCUCCGGAAGCUGCAGCUGCAAGCGACGAGGUUUGA